AUGGGCUGGUGGACGCCUGAAGAAUCGGCUGCGGGUUUGGAGCUGCGUAAUGCGCUGAAAGAUGUCGGUGGAAUCUUUUUCCGAAAAGCAGCGGUUGAAUGGUUGAGCUACAUUCCAGAAUGGAAACUGAAAGAAUGCAGAAUCACCAUCGUCACGGGCGGCAUAAACGUCACCGAAAAGGUUAAAACUGUGUUGCAGAAGCUGUUCGAACAAUGGAAAUCGGGCCAGCGUGACAAAUUUAUGGUUUAUAUCUACACUGACGCGGCGAUUGACCCAUACGAGAUCGACGGCUACUGCCACCCAUACGGCCAACGCGAUGUUUUGUCCAGAGGCGACGAGAUGUUGCUGGAAUUGUUGAUCUACCCACAGCUGUCCUACAUGGGCUGCUUUUUCUGCGCCGAUGGUGACGACCCCUGG